CUUUAUCAUCUUAUCGAUCAAAACAACAAUUAUUUCUCUUAUCGAGUGCGGCGGUGUUCAAGUACAGAGAUCUAUUUCCUGAGGCUUUUUGCAAUAAUGUUUAAAUAGAGUGAUUUGGCUUUAUCUGUUGUUCGUUAUGCAAGGAUUAAUUCGUUUUCCACGUUAUAGUAUACACUGGUGUGAGUGAUAGAGAGACUCAGUGAUAAGAAAGUAGAACGAAUGCUCGAAGAAAAAAUCAUCUGCAUUCCAUAUGCGGUAUUGGCCGUACUGAUAAGCCUAAGAUUUUUCUACAUUUCAACGAUGUGUAACAAAUCAAAAGUCUCCAUAGAAUAGAAAAUGAAGCAAUUGGUGUUGAUCAUCAAUGUUGAUUUUAUUUUAUGUUUGUUGAGCUAUGUGUCGCACGUCGAUGGACGUGAAUUGUUACACCACGGGUUUGGAAGAAACCGCCAGAGGUACCAUUAUUACAAUCUGGACGAUUGUGGCCAUGAGAUAAAAUUCGUCGAAAAGCAUGGUAACAAAAGCAGCAGGCAUGCUCAAAGCUAUCUAUGCCAAAACAUGUUUUCCCUCAAGCACAAACGACAUGGAUUUCAGCAAUUGCACAGGAAUCGGUAUUUUGUGCGACAUAAUGCCAAUUCCGUCGUAGAAGAACGUAACAACACCAAACAACCCCAUGUCAUCCAUUGGCCAGUUAAGCGAGAGGCAGUUGUGGAAGGUGACCUUAUCCUGGGUGGCCUGAUGAUGGUUCACUCCAGAGAGGACUCGGUAACAUGUGGCCCUAUCAUGCCUCAGGGAGGCAUUCAAGCGUUGGAAACUAUGUUAUACACUUUGGACAAAAUCAACAUGGACAAUCUCAUACCCAACGUUACCAUUGGAGCCCACAUCCUGGAUGACUGUGACAAAGAUACGUACGGGUUAGAAAUGGCGGUAGAUUUCAUCAAAGGGUCAAUCAGCAAUAUAGACGAAGCUACCGAUUACAACAACUGCAGCAGCAAGGGGCACAAGAAGAAGGUGAUCUCCGGAGUUGUUGGAGCUGCUUCAUCAGUGACUUCCAUCCAAGUGGCCAAUCUUUUGCGACUGUUCAAGAUUCCGCAGGUGUCAUAUUUUUCCACAAGCCCUGAAUUGAGCAAUAAACAAAGAUUCGAAUAUUUCUCUCGAACAAUACCAUCUGACCAUUAUCAAGUUAAGGCAAUAGUCGACAUCGUCCGGCAGCUCGGUUGGAGUUAUAUAUCCAUAAUCUACGAGGAAAGUAACUAUGGUAUAAAGGCUUUUGAAGAACUUGAUGAUUUACUUUCCAAACAUGGCAUUUGCAUAGCGAUCAAGGAAAAGUUGGUAAAAGAUUCUGGAGUAGCGGAAAAAAUCGCAUAUGAUAACAUAGUUAUUAAAUUACUGACGAAACCAAGAGCUAAGGGCGUGAUAAUAUUCGGCUCUGAUCAAGAAGUGGCAGAAGUCAUGCGAGCAGUUCGCCGACAGAAUGUUACGGGCGUAUUCUCCUGGAUAGGCUCGGACGGCUGGAGUGCCCGAAAUCUGGUAUCCGAUGGCAACGAAGCCGAAGUUGAAGGCACUCUGUCCGUGCAACCUCAAGCAAAUUCCGUGAUAGGGUUCGAGGAAUAUUUUUUGAAUUUGACAGUCGAUAACAAUUCUCGAAACCCGUGGUUUAUCGAAUUCUGGGAGGAUCAUUUCCAAUGCAAGUAUCCUAACUCUCCCCCGACGCCGUACAACAAGCAGUAUACGAAAUUUUGUUCUGCGACAGAAAAAUUAACGAAACAUACGCUCGACUUCGAAGAUCAACUGCAGUUUGUAAGCGACGCAGUUAUGGCGUUCGGUUACGCAUUCAAGAAUAUGCACCAGGAGCUGUGUGGAAGUAAGCCAGGAUUGUGCGAUGAGAUGAACCCCACAAAAGGAGCAGAUUUGCUAAAGUACCUAAGGAAAGCCGACUUUAUAGGCCUAAGUGGCGAUAGAUUUAAUUUCGAUAUUAACGGUGACGGACCGGCCCGAUAUAAUAUCAUUCAUUUUAAACAAUACGAACCCGAUAAGUACAAAUGGAUCAAGGUGGGCGAGUACUACCAGGGAGAGCUGCGCUUGAAUAUGGAAGAUAUCCAAUUCGGCAUAAAGAAUCCCAACCCACCAGAGUCAGUCUGCAGCCGGCCUUGUGAACGAGGCCAAGCGAAAAAAUAUGUUGAAGGUGAAGGCUGCUGUUGGCACUGUUUCAACUGCUCUCAGUAUCAGAUACGAAAUCCCGCUGAUGAAACACACUGUAUAAACUGCCCCAGAGGAACCAUACCGGAUAUUUACCAUGAAAACUGUCAGCACAUUCCAGAGGACUAUCUGAAACCGGAGUCACCCUACGCCAUAGGGGCAAUGUCGUUCAGCAGCCUCGGAAUCGUGAUGACACUUUUCGUAGUUGGAGUUUUCCUGAAAAACAACGAUACCCCUAUUGUUAGAGCGUCAGGUAGGGAGUUAAGUUAUGUAUUGUUGAGCGGAAUACUCUUAUGCUACGGUGUCACGUACGCCCUGGUUUUCAAACCGAACGAUAUUGUCUGUGGUGUGCAAAGAUUUUGGUCCGGCUUUUCGUUCACUGUAGUUUACGCAGCGCUUUUGACCAAAACUAACCGGAUUGCACGAAUAUUCAAUGCAAGCACCAAAUCCGCAAAGCGACCUUCCUUCAUUAGUCCCCACUCACAAUUAGUUAUAUGUGGCAUACUCAUAUCGUUUCAGAUAUUGAUCAAUGCCGUUUGGAUGGUUGUUUCGCCGGCCCACGCCAUGCAUCACUAUCCUACGAGGGAAGAUAACCUACUGGUUUGCAAUUCGUAUACCGAUGCAUCGUAUAUGGUUGCGUUUUUUUAUCCCAUAUUCCUGAUCAUAGUUUGCACCGUGUAUGCCGUGCUCACUAGAAAAACACCAGAGGCUUUCAACGAGUCGAAAUACAUAGGCUUCACAAUGUACACCACCUGUGUUAUCUGGUUGGCCUUCAUUCCGUUGUACUUCGGAACGGGAAACAAUGUACAACUUCGUAUAGCAUCCAUGUCCGUAACGAUAAGCCUCUCUGCAACAGUUACCCUUGUUUGCUUGUUCUCCCCUAAGUUGUACAUUAUCCUGAUUCGACCCGAGCGUAACAUACGACAAAGUAUGAUGCCAAUACGAUACAGCACCAUCAAUAAAACAACCGGAUCGGCACAGUCGUCGGUGAUGGCAGCAGUGAUAGUUACCGCAGCAACAUGCAAUGAAAACGAAAAAGUGAUAAAAAAUGUUUCAAACGAAAAUAUUACAGGCGCGUACUAGGAAACUACAAUAAAACAAAGCAUUGCACUUUAAGAACAAAACAGGGCCAUAAAUUCGAUACAAAAAACAGCGAGGAAGAAAAAAAAACGACAAGAGUUAUUUUAAAAUGAUGUAUGCCUGGUCAUACAAAGAGAGUAAAAUUGACUACCGAAA